UUCACUGUAAGUUUAAAACAUUUUCAAUACAGAACAACUUUAAAGUCUUCCCAUAAGCCAUAAUUGCCAACAACAAGAAGAAGAGAUUUCAGGGAAAAAAGAUACAGAGAGAUUAAGAGAAAGGUUCUCUCUGAUCUUUAUUUCCCGGAAUUGGAUUCUUAUUCAACUUUCAUUUUAGAGAAAAAGUGUUUAUUUGCAGAUCUAUUUGGAGCUUUUGGCUUGUGGGUUUUUCUUCUAUUGCAUGCAUGGGAGCAGUGGUUGUCUUGGAUGCUAUACUAAGCCCGAACUGAAUACCUCUGAAAGUAAGACAUUGAAGGAAGUCAGAGUCAAAAGUCACUCAGCAAGGAAGCCUAGCUUAUCAGAAGAUUUUUGGACCACCAGCACUUGUGAUAUGGACAAUAGUGCAUUUAUGUCACAGGGAAGCAUCUCGUCAAUUAGCAUAAACAACCAGGUCCUUGAUGCACAUGGUGGUGCUGGCAUCGCUAAUGCACCUUCUGAGUUUGUAAACCAUGGUCUUCUUCUCUGGAAUCAAACUCGGCAAUGUUGGGUAGGAAAUAAAAGAUCUGAGAACAGAGCACAGCAAGUGCGGGAAUCCAAAUUAAACACUCAUUGUCUCAGCAUGGUUAAAAACUUCUGGCUUUGCAGUUGGAACGCGACAUAUGAUAGUUUACUUGGGAGCAAUAAGCCGUUCCCUCAGCCUAUUCCCCUCUCAGAAAUGGUAGAUUUUCUUGUCGAUGUUUGGGACCAGGAGGGCAUGUACGACUAAGGCACAGAAAGUACAAGAUAUAUCAUAUUUGAAGGUUGGUCAAAAAUUGAAACCCAUCUCAGCUGUAACAUUUGAUUUGCUGUCAUAGUGAAAAAACAGUGAAGCAGAGCCAUGGAAUAUAUAUCUAUUAUCAAUUGUAACAUGAUUGGUCAUACGCCCUCUGGUGGAUUUUUGUUUCAAUUUAAAGGCCUUUUCGGACA